CAACCCGGCCUGGCAGGUGGUGCUGGUGGAGGAAAGCGGCUUCGUCCGAGUAAACUAUCCAUUAACGGCCUUCGGAUCGCAUAAAACAGUUCGUUCGCUUUUGUCAUCAGAACCUGGCAGUGCAGUUCCGCCCGCCAUAAGAGUUAGUUGGUUUUGCCGGGAAGAUUAAAACAGUUUACAGUACGACCGAUUCAGAGCGAUGUCGUCAAUGGGUGCAGAAUCACUGCUUGCCGUCGUGCUGUUCUUGUCCGGUGCCAUUGUGACCGGACAUCCUGUCGGCCAUCAAGAUGCAACCGGACUUGAUGCCGCCCUGAGUAACAUAGCGAAUAGUGUGGUCGUGGUGCAUGAUGAAACCGUGCAGCCUGCAAACGAAUCGGAUUCAUCGGAGCUACAUCUCCAUUCGGCCAACGCAAUUCCAUCGUUGCAGCAUAUUGCGCUGAUGGAUGAAGUGCCCCACAUUCUAGCUGGCGUGGAAACAACGGUAUUUACCAAUGGAACCGAUUCGAAGAGCGUCAUAGAGCUGACCGUUUUGCCCGUGGGCAGCAAUUCGUCUAGCAGUAUCGCAGAUGAGGAGACGCCGAAGGACGAAGAGGAUGAAAAAGACGAAGAGCAUACCACUGAGCUCUUCAUGACGACGACGACGACGGCGGAAGAGUCCGUUGAGACUACCACCGAGCUGGAAACGGAAGCCUUCACCACGGUCGAGGCGGUAACACGAGGUGCCCAGAACGUCACCUCGGUGACGGUCAUCACAGUUCUUCACAGCGAACAGGGCGGCCAGGAGAAGGAGGAGGAAAUCAAGGAAACGAUCAAGGAAGUGGAAGCGAUGCCCGUCAUACUGACCGUAGGGGUGUAGUGGUGGCCAAACGUGAUAUCACGCUAAUCACGUUGGAACGUAAACAAUAAAGAGCAAAACACCGAUUCAC